AAGACAACAACAUAGCUACAUAAUAAGGGAAGAGUAAGACAACAUGGGCAACAAUUAUUAAUGAAUAACUUCAACUUCAACACAAAAACUUGUAAUAAAAAACCUCCAAACUCACAAAAGGGCAACUUUGGUACUCCUCCAAACACCACAACACCACACAUCUUCUUCACAAAGCACAACAUAGCAUCUUCUACUAAAAUUCAAACACAUAAAAUUCCUUUCUUCACAAAAACACUCUCAAAUUUCCUCCAUUUUUUUCUUUUCUCAUCAAUGGAACAAAAAACUUCAUCAUUUUUCAUCCCCAUUUUUCUCCUACUAACUUUAUUCCUCCCAACACAUACACUCACUCCAUCUAAAAAUCCCAUUUCACCAAUUCAAUCCCCUAAAUCUUCCCCUUCAACAACACCAUCUUCAUCAUCUCUUGACCCUAAACAAAUAAGAGCUCUUCAAUCUCUCAACAUCCCUACUAAAAAAGAUCCGUGUUCGAAUCCUAGUAACUACAUACAUUGUGACAACUCAAAACCAUUUAAACACAUUACUUCACUUCGUUUAACUAACUGUUCAGAUGAAGUUUCUCUAUCAAUUACUGCACUAAAAUCUUUAUCUUCUCUUCAAGAUCUUCAGUUCAUAAAUUGCCCUGUUGCACCUGUUACUUUUCCUUCAGAAUUAGUCUCAAAUCUUAAGAGAUUUACUUGUAUUAACAGCUUGAGAAAAUUAAGUGGUGUUUGGUUAUCAAAGUUUGAAAAUGUUACAGAUCUUAUUGUUAGUGAUGUGCCAAUUAAAGCAAGUGGGCCUGUUAUAAUUGUUGCACAUCUGAAAAAAGUGCAGAAAGUUGUGAUUUCUAAUGCAAAUCUUACUGGGAAUUUGCCUGGAAAAUCAUGGAACUUCAAUACUUCUUACAUUGAUUUAUCUGGUAAUCUGUUGAAAGGGAAAAUACCCAAUUCAAUUACUGAGCUUGAGAAUUUGGUAUCAUUGAAUUUAUCAUCAAAUCAACUUAAUGGUGAAUUACCCACCUCAAUUGGUGACCUAAUUGAGCUGAAGAACUUAUCAAUUUCUUCGAAUUCGAUAUCAGGAUCGAUCCCAGAAUCACUUGUAUCUAUACCUUCAUUGGUGUAUCUUGAUCUGAGCUCAAAUCAGCUGAAUGGUAGUAUCCCAAGAUUUAUAGGUAAUAUGAAGAAAUUGAAGUAUCUUAAUCUUGAGAAGAAUAACUUUCAUGGGGUAAUGCCAUUUAAUGCAAGUUUUAUAAAGAGAUUGGAAGUAUUUAAGAUUGGAGAUAAUGCUAAUUUGUGUUAUAAUCAUACUACAAUAUCUUCAAAGAUGAAACUUGGCAUUGCUCCUUGUGAUAAGAAUGGUUUUCCGAUUUCGCCUCCGGUGAAAUCAGGCUCAGAUGAUGAUGAUGGUGGCGACGACGAUGAUGGCGAUAGUAGCUCGGAGGAUUCUACUAGUCCAAAGGAUGGUGGACAUCAUGGUCCAAAUAAGGUUGUUCUUGGAGUUGCUAUUGCUCUUUCUUCUAUUGUUUUCUUGAUUAUUUUCUUAAUCUUAUUAUCAAGGAAGUGUGCAUGAGUCUUUUAUUUUAUUUUAUUUAUUUUUGGUUUACCUAAUGAGAAAAUUAGAGAUUAUUAUUUUUUUA